AUGAUGGGUGCUACUGGUCUCAAAGGGGCUGGUAUGGCUACUGCCAUUGCCCGGAAACGACUCAUUGCUUCGCCUCGGUCUUCGCGAUUGAUGUCUACUUUCCGUACCCAGCGCGUGCGCCUGCCUGGUUCACCAGGUCAACUCACUUCAGGGCUCUCCGGUAACGCGUCACGAUGGGCAACACCGGCUGUUGCUGGCCCGGUCGCUGUCCGUUUCAACUCUACCACUUCCGAUUCCCUCGCGCUUCCGACUCAGGCACCGGGCGAACUGCCGAAGAUCGAGGACCUCUCUGCGAUUGAUAUUGCUAGCAUUCCGGAGCACAUCGGAUACCUGAAGAGUCUUGGUUUGGAUUAUGGCUGGGGUGUGUCAUCAUUGAUGGAGUGGACCCUCGAACACAUUCACAUGUGGACUGGCAUGCCCUGGUGGGCCAGUAUUGUCAGCUGUGGUAUUUUAAUUCGUCUGGCGCUCCUGAAGCCGAUGCUUGAUGCCUCCAACAAUGGAGCCAAGUUGCACAACCUCAAGCCCGUUCUCAACCCACUUCGACAGAGGAUGUUGGCGGCUGCGCAGGCCAAUAAUCAGAUCGAGGUUCAGCGCUUGAGAGCUGAAACCAAGCAGGUCCAUGUCAACAACGGUGUCGCCCUAUACAAGAGUAUGAUUCCUAUGCUCCAGGCGCCGCUGGGUUUUGGAAUGUUCCGAGUUCUCCGAGGCAUGACAGGCCUCCCUGUGCCGGCCUUGUUGAAUGAGCAGGUCCUGUGGCUGACUGACCUGACCGUGUCCGAUCCAUACUUGAUUCUCCCUAUCAUCAGUUCUUAUUGCUUGUACAGAACUUUCAAGAAAGGAGGUGAAGCCGGUUUGACUGAGCUCAUGAAUGGUCCCGCAGGCAAGGGCCUUCUCUAUGGUCUCCCAAUCCUCACCCUGACUUUCACUGCUUUCAUGCCCAGUGCGCUCCAGUUGUACUUUGUUUCUACAGGUAUCUGGGCCUUGGGUCAAGCCCACAUCGUGCACAACCCGUCAUUCCGCCGCUGGAUGAAGAUGGAAGUUCCUCAAAUAGUUGGUGAAACCGAGCGGAUGGACGAUAGCCUGUCACAGCUGACCCGUCGUCUGCAAGAAGAGCAGCAACGAAGGCUCCGCCAGGCCCAAGCCCAGUACCUAGAAGCUGAAGUCGACCCCUCCAAGAUGAGCGCUAUCGACCGGUGGAUGAAGGGUGGCAAGGAUUAUUUCAAGGAGCUCCAGGAACAAAUCUCCAAGGGUGCCAAGAACGUUACUGGCUCUGGUGGUCCGGAGACAAACGCAGAUGGUUCCCCUGCCGCGGCGCCGCGUCUUACUGAGAACCAGCGCAAGAGGGCGACAAAGGAAGAGGAGGAACAAAGUGCAUAUGAAAAGGAGGAGCGUCAGCGCCGUAAUGAAGAACGUCGCUUAGCUCAUAAGCAGGCGCUGGAGAACGAGAGAGAGCGUGCGAAGAGCUCAAUGCGGAGACAUCAGCAAGCUGCGCGACGACGGAGCUGA